UCUGCUCCGUGGAGUUCUGUCAACACAGGUAAAGGGCUUACCCUCCAGCACUUAAGUGACAGCCUUUCUGUUUCAGAGAAAAGUGAGGCCCAUAUAUAUAAACCUGGAAGUGAAGGAGAAAACAUGAUUCUGCUAAGCAGCCAGUGAUUUGGAAGGUAAAAGGACAGCAAUCAGGUAGUCAACCAAGUCAACUUCAGAUUGCAAGUUUUUAAAACCACUUUUUAGACAGAAGGCAAAACGGCUGGGUGUGCAGCAUUCUGGAACCCUCCAUCAAGCCUGCAGAUCCUAUGUGCCUCCAGGAACUCCAGGCCUCAUCAUGGUGGAGGCUGAGCACCUCUCAGCCCGUGGCUGCUGGACUGUCUUCACCAACUUCUUAUGCUCCAGAAAAGGAACACUCCUGUGUGCUGAGAUGAUAUUGUGCCUGGUGAUUCUAAUCUGGUUCAGCCUCUCAACACCAGCAUACUCCUCUCUGUCAGUAGUUGAGAUGAUCCUUGCUGAGAUCUUCUUUGUCAUCUACAUGUGUGACCUAGCCUCCAAGAUACAAUACUGGUCUUGGAUUGAUUUCUUCCGAACCCUUAUUGCAGCCACCCUCUACCUCAUCACCUCCAUUGUUGUCCUUGUUGAGGGAGGAAAUCGUUCCAUAAUCAUUGCAGGAGUACUGGGCCUCAUUGCUGUGUUCCUCUUUGGCUAUGAUGCCUUCAUCACCUACCCCUCAAGGUCAAGGAGACUCCACCAAGGAGUACCACUGGUUCUUGGACCCAGUGUUUGGAAACCUCUAGUCAAGCCAUUGUUAUUGAACAUUGUCAAGGUCCUUUUUAUUCUGAAUCUUGGUAAAAAUCAUUUCAUAUCUCUCCCUAGGGGCCAUAAUCAUAUUGAUCAUGAUGAAACAUUUUAAAUUCCUUCUUUUACAUAGAAUCAUUUAAAUUUGUGCUAAUGCAAAUAAUACAGUUGUGAAAUGCUUAUUAUUGUACUAAGAUUGGAUAAUGUUGGCAUACUCAGCUGUUAGGAAUGGGGACUCUGGAGUCUGACUUCCUCUGUUCCAAUCUGGAUCUGUCAUGAUCUUGAGCAAGGAACAUAUCUUUCUGUAUCUCAGUUUCUCCAUCUAUGAUGUAGGUAUAAUCAUAGCAGAAUUCUUUUGAUGUUUUAAUUGAAUUCCAUGUACAAAAUGCAUAUUAAAAUGCCUAGCACAUG